AUGUUCUCCUUCGAGGAGGACGCUAUCGGACCUGGAGCUACGCUGAAAGGAGAGAAGAAUGGCUGCUGGGACUCGCCACGCAAGCGUCCGCCCGCCGAAUCGAUGGAAACAACUGCAGACUCGGAAGAAGAAGACGACGACGAGGAAGAGAAGAAACUUGAGCAGCUAGUGAACGAGAGCAAGCACAGAGGAGUCACGAGCGACAUGAACAACACGCUGAACGCCUUACUGGACAAGAGCGUCAAGGUCGGAGCCAAGCGCAAGAGAAACCACAUGAGUGGCCUCAUGCCGAACGACAUAACCGGGCGAGAAUUCCUCCUUCGACUACGAGAAGUGGAGAUAACGGGCAAAGUGAUCGAUCUGGCCUUCCUGGACGGCUACUUAGAGCCCACGUUGAUGGUGUUGCACGAGGAGAACGACAAGAACUCGACGUGUGGACGGCUAGCUGUGGGCUUUGACACGUACUGCUUGACUGUCAUCUCCAUUAACAUGAAGACGAGACUUCAUCCGAAGAUCUGGACUGUCAAGAACCUCCCGUCCGACUGUUUCCGAUUGAUCCCGUGUCGUGCACCGCUUGGUGGAGUCGUGGUCUUGUCGGCCAAUGCGAUCCUGUACUUUAACCAGACGCAGUUCCAUGGCUUAGCGACGAAUGUGUUUGCGAGCAAGACGCACGAGACGGCGCAGCUGAAUGUGGUGUUGUACGACUGCCAGUUUGAGUAUCUGCAAGAGAAGGAGCUGUUGUUGACGAUGCCUUGUGGACAAGUGUACGUGCUGUCGCUUCCCUAUGAAGACACGUCGAGUCGUGGACUGUAUGGCUUCGGUGGAAAGCAGACGCUGUUUAUCGGCUCACGUUCAGGCGAUUCUGUGCUUUUUGUGCUGGACAAGAAGAAGUUGGUUACUGCCACGGAGGAAGAGCCAAAAGACGAGGAAAUGCCGAUCAAAGAGGUGGUAAUAAAGCAGGAAUCUGCCCCGGAGAUCAAGUCGGAGCCAGCUGAGGAGGAAGAGGAAGACGAAGAUGAUUUGUUCCUGUAUGGUGCAGCUCCUACGAAGGAAGAGCCUGCAGCUACGAGCUCUACUGAGUGUACUAACGGCGUGGGUGUAUCGAGUGUGAAGACAGAGGAGAAUGGCGCGCCUGAGCAAGACACUGGCCCGUACGACUACGAGCUGCGACAGAUUGAUGUGCUACCCAGUAUCGGACAGAUCACCUCGAUUGAGUUAGGCGUCGAGAACAACGCAGACUCGAAUGAAAAGCGCGAGGAGCUGGUGAUCAGCGGAGGAUAUGAACGUAGCGGCGCCAUCUCCGUGUUGCACAAUGGCCUGCGACCAAUCGUAGGCACCGAAGCAGAGCUGAAUGGCUGUCGAGCCAUGUGGACAGUGUCGUCGUCUUUACCGUCAGCAACCAGAAGCUCGGAUGGACGGAGUUAUAAUGCCCUUUAG